AUGACAGUCCGUCUACAGGAAUGUCGACUCAUCUUUCUUCUUGCUCUCUUUAUGACUUUUAACCAACCAGGAAGCUCCAUGGCCGAUUACCGCUGGAGGAGUUUACUAUCACCUCAUGAAAUAAAUGGGCGGAAUAAGUCGUCUACAGACCUACAGAAACCUUUGUUGAAACCUGGGGAACAGAACCUGUUAGGCUUUGUCAAUGUCAAAUCCAAAAACACACAUCACGAAACAGAGAGAAAGCUCUUCUUAUCUCAAAUCGCCAGCGUAUACAUUCGAAAAGCUGAUUCAAACACCGAAGAAACUGACAAAUUUAAAGUAAACGUCUCGAUUUGUUCAGCUCUGCUUUUUGCUCCACAGUAUCUUCUUACAGCGGCACACUGUUUAUUAGAAGUAGACGGUGAACCCCUAUAUAAACAGAAAGUUGGCCAUUGGAUUCGGCAAGAGUUCUAUAGUCCAUAUGAAAUUCACGUACGAUUCGGUACUGAAUCAUCAUGUCGAGACUAUAUUGUAAAUGGAAUUAUGCUAUACAGGGAGAUCUACCAAUUCCACUUAAGCGACGUAGUUUUGUUGAGGCUCUCUAAACCGGUCCAACUACCACCCGGAAUCGAACCAAUCCGUUUACCUCCACCUUUUGUAAAGUUCUCAACUGGUAAGGAAUGCCUUGUUGUCGGCUGGGAACGUAAGAAGACAGGUACAGGCGCGUUUUCUCCAGUCUUAAGGGUGUACAAUGUUUAUUUGAGUCUAUUUAAAUCCUAUUUUGAUAUUAGGAAACGAAUGAAUCCAUAUUUGAUCUACACGAGUUCUGCUUUAAAUGAAACUGAAUUACAAGGAGGCGGUGGAGGUCUACUUUGUAAAUUUCGACAAAGUGAUGGACACUAUUUUCUUUACGGCGUCAGCACCUUCCGUACACCUCGAGAUUCUGCUUCCUUUACCUACGUACCCAAUUUACUUUACUGGAUUAAAUUGAGCACUGGUCUAUCACACUGA